AUAAUCUUAUUAGAUAUCAAUGUACGGUAUAAUUACAAAUUAUAUUUCUAAAGCACCAACAUGUUCUGCAGCAUCAUAGAGAAAUAAUGCCCCAUUCCCAUCAGUCCCUGGUUGGAAUUGAUCCUAGGACCCCAGUGCUGCAUGGCGGCAAUGCUACCCGCUGUGUCCCUAUGCUGCCAGGCAGCUCCCAGAGGCUUCUGGGAAUAAUAAGCACACUGCCAGUUGCCUCCAAUCACUUUCAUCAGGCAGUCCCAGCAGUUGAGCUCUCACAGUCACAUUCAGGAGUCUCCCAUAAGGACACACAAUCCCGCGAGUCUGGAGACAGGGAGCUCGGAAAUCAGCAGAACCGGUUAAUCUGUAACUAGGUGCAAGCGACUUGGGCUCCUCUCUGCACGGAGGGAUAAAGUCAGCCUUUUCCGCAGAGACGCGGCUACCGGUUGGUGCCAUGAUGUUGCCUCCGGCUGCACCAAAUCUAUAGCUCAGACCAAGAUGACGAUGAGCAGUAAGAGUUUCCCACGGAGAAGAUGAUGAUCAGAUGUUGCCUAUCCAGAUCAGGCUUUCUCCUAUGCAUGGGCCUGUGCGUCUUCAUCCUUCUUCUCCAAAAUCUCUUCGGCUCCGACUCCAGGGAAGGCUUUAGCCCUGAGAUAAAGGAGUGCGGCUAUUAUCCAGGGGAGCUCUGCACCGCUCUUUUUCAGAGCAAACCUGCUGCCUUGGGGAUAGGAAACCUAUGCCAAGUGGCCCGUCGUCCGUCCCGAGGUGCGCGGCCUAUGAGAUUACGAGCUCCCACCAACUGUUCUACAAUGAUAAGAGAGUUGCGCUUUAUAACCAAGCCGCUGUCGGAAGAAGAGGCUGCCUUCCCAUUGGCUUAUAUCCUGACAAUUCACCACAAGCUGGACAUGUUCGUGAAGCUCCUUUCAGCCAUCUACGCGCCUCAGAAUUUAUACUGUGUUCAUAUUGACCAAAAGUCUCCUAAAGACUUUAUCCAAGCUGUGCAGGAACUGGCCGGCUGCUUCGGGAAUAUCUUUAUUCCCUCAAGGCAAGAGAACGUGGUGUACGCCGGGUUCUCCCGCCUUCAGGCCGAUAUUAAUUGCAUGGAGGAGUUGAGCCGCUCGGACACUAAGUGGAGGUACGUGAUUAACCUCUGUGGGCAGGAUUUUCCCAUAAAAACAAACAGAGAAAUUAUACAGUACCUGAAAACUAGCUGGAAAGGCAGAAACCUGACGCCGGGGGUGGUUCAGCCCCCGCAUAUGAAAUACAGGACAAACGUAAGUUAUAAAGUGUUUCAGGACCAGGAGACGUCUUACAUUUAUCCAACGGCGACUCUGAAAUCCGGGCCUCCUCGUAACCUCACCUUGUACUUUGGAACGGCCUACUACUCCCUGACGCGGGACUUUGUGCAAUUUGUACUGUCCGAUCUCCGUGCGAAAGAUCUUCUCGAAUGGUCAAAAGAUACCUACAGCCCAGAUGAGCACUACUGGGUCACUCUUAACCGGCUCAGAGAUGCCCCAGGAUCUACGCCGGACGCCCAAUGGGAAGGAAAUAUCCGGGCAGUAAAAUGGAAGGAUCAAGAAGGAAGUGUUCAUUCCGGCUGCUACGGGCACUACGUGCGAGAUAUCUGUAUCUAUGGGCUCGGAGACUUACAGUGGCUAGCAAGCUCGCCUCAUUUAUUUGCCAACAAGUUUGACUCAGACACUUACCCGCUUGUCACCGACUGCUUAGAGAGGAGCUACAGGUUAAAGGUUCUCAAGGCGGCGGAAGUGCCCACCGAGCCCCACUGGUACUACCAGGAUGACUACCUAACAGCAUCCGAACAUCACUGGGGAAUCUGAUCUACUGUGUGAGCUCCCGGAACUCUGGCAGCAACGGGGCCCAUAAGCAAAUAAAUAUUUUGUAUGUUCCUUA